AUGGCGUCGUCAAUGCACCUUUCGAGGAUACGGAAAUGGCUGGCAUCGUCUCCCCCGGUCGAAGGGGCUAUAUACUACAUCCGACAGCUGUUGAUCGGCGCAUUAAGACAGGGCCCUAUUCCACAGCAUGUUGCCUUCGUUAUGGAUGGGAACAGGCGGUUCGCUCGGGAUAAGGGCAUAGAGCGAGUAGAGGGACAUAACUUGGGGUUCGAGGCACUGGCGAAGGUCCUGGAGGUAUGCUAUAGCUCCGGCAUCAAGGUGGUGACGAUAUACGCAUUCAGCAUCGAGAACUUCAAGCGGUCAAAAUAUGAAGUGGACGCGUUGAUGGAGAUGGCCAAGCUGAAGCUAGAGCAGCUAUCGCAACACGGGGAAUUUCUAGAGAGAUACGGCGCGAGUGUGCGAGUGUUGGGCCGCAGAGAUCAGAUCCGGCCAGACGUGUUGGAAGCAGUUGAUCGGACGGUCGAGUUGACGAGUCGAAACGGCGACGCUAUACUCAACAUCUGCUUCCCGUAUACCUCGAGAGACGAGAUUACGUCUGCCAUCCGGAACACGGUUAUCGACUAUAGCACACCGCUGGACCGGAGCCAGCUGCCACCCACGGCAAACCCGCCACGUCGACCGUUUUCUGAGAAGCGGAUUGUCGAGAACAUCCGUGAACAUACGCCCAGCGCUGAUCCAAGGGAGGCGUUGCCCAGCGGAGAAAACACGAAUGGCACCGGCACUCCUAAUACUACGAACGACACGGCGUAUGAUUCCACCUCCUCCCUCUCCUCGGCCACCACGCUGCAUCACCAAGUGAGCCCUGAGUCGAUAGGGAAACACUCCACCACUUCGCCAGAGCUAUACACCUCCUAUCCUCCCAACAGCGACCAGCUUCUCUUCCACUCGCCCGAAACAAUCAGCACGCAGACGAUAGACGACCAUAUGCUCACCGCAGGCUGUCCACCGCUCGACAUCCUCAUCCGCACCUCUGGCGUCGAACGGCUGAGUGACUUUAUGCUCUGGCAGUGCCACCAGGACACGCAGAUUGUCUUCCUAGAAACGCUAUGGCCGGCCUUUAGCCUGUGGGAGUUUCUGCCUGUGAUCUGGGACUGGCAGCGGAGGCUGAGGAAGACAAGUCUCAAGAGAGAGCUCCAGUUCGAGUUUCCCAGCACCUACAACUCUGAUGCUGAGCCGAGAGGGAAAAUUUCAGAGGACAGCCCCUGGUUCUCUGAGGAAGAUGGGACGCAUAUAAAAGUUAAGAGCCUGUAG